ACUCCUCCCAGAAUAGGAGAGUGUUGCGGAGAGGGUGCUAGGUUAGCCCUGGGUUGCAAUUAAGGUCUUUUGCAUACUAUUUUACAUAGUGCCCUUCAGGGGGGGUGGAAGGGAGUCCCGUGGGUCUCUAAGCAAUCAGGCUCCCAGGAACCCAAGGGACCUGGGGGGUGGAGCCCUCUGUACAGCCCUGCAGCUGGGGCAGGAAGCGAGAGUGAGGAGGGGGAAGGCCACAGCCCGCAGAGUCAAGGCGGGCCCAAGACUUGUGGAGACACAAGGUAAUAACCAAAGCUCCAGCCCUGAGGCCCCUGCUGGCCCCCCACCCCCUCAACCCUGGGCGCUGGCCCAGCCCCGGCCUCCAGGGAUGGCCCUUGUGGACCCCGACAUCUUUACUAAGGACCCCCGGGAACACUAUGAUCUCCUGCAGCGACUGGGUGGCGGAACCUAUGGAGAAGUCUUCAAGGCUCGCGACAAGGUGUCUAAGGACCUGGUGGCUUUGAAGAUGGUGAAGAUGGAGCCUGAUGAUGACGUCUCCACCCUACAGAAGGAGAUCCUCAUGCUGAAAACUUGCCGGCAUGCCAACAUCGUGGCUUACCAUGGCAGUUACCUCUGGCUGCAGAAGCUCUGGAUCUGCAUGGAGUUCUGUGGAGCUGGUUCCCUCCAGGACAUCUACCAAGUGACUGGCUCUCUGUCUGAGCUCCAGAUCAGCUAUGUAUGCCGGGAAGUGCUCCAGGGACUGGCCUACCUGCACUCACAGAAGAAGAUACACCGAGACAUCAAGGGGGCCAACAUCCUCAUCAAUGACUUCGGGGAGGUUAGGCUGGCCGACUUUGGGAUCUCAGCCCAGAUCGGGGCGACACUGGCCAGGCGCCUCUCUUUCAUUGGGACACCGUACUGGAUGGCCCCAGAGGUGGCAGCUGUGGCCCUGAAGGGUGGAUACAAUGAGCUCUGUGACAUCUGGUCUCUCGGCAUCACGGCCAUCGAACUGGCCGAGCUCCAGCCCCCUCUCUUUGACGUGCACCCUCUCAGGGUUCUGUUCCUCAUGACCAAGAGCGGCUACCAGCCUCCUCGGCUAAAGGAAAAGGGGAGAUGGUCAUCCGCCUUCCACAACUUUGUCAAAGUCACCCUCACUAAGAACCCUAAGAAACGUCCCGGUGCCACCAAGAUGCUCACUCAUCAGCUGGUGUCCCAGCCAGGGCUGAACAGAGGUCUGGUCUUGGAUCUUCUUGACAAAAUGAGGAAUCCUGGGAAGGGGCCGCCCGCCGGUGAGAUUGAGGAUGAGGAGCCUGAGCCACCUCCUGCCGUCCCUCGGCGGAUCAAAUCUACCCGGGCCAGCUCACUGGGGAUCCCAGACACAGACUGCUGUCGGCAGCACAUGGAGUUCCAGAGGCUCAGAGGAAUGGACCCCAGACCUCCGGCUGACACCACGGUUCGACUACAGCCCCCUGGAGACUUCGGUUGCACCAGUCCCAGAGCCCAACUGUCAGAGUCUGAUGACGACUAUGAUGACGUGGACAUCCCUGCCCCCACAGAGGACAUGCCUCCUCCCCUGCCCCCAAGGAUACGGCCCAAGUUCCGAUCUCCCUCGGAUGAUGGUUCUGGCUGGGGGGUAGACGACGGGCAGCUGAGCCCAGGGGUGCUGGUCCGGUGUGCCAGUGGACCUCCUCCCCGUACCCCCCGUCCCGGACCUCCCCCAGCCACCCGCAGCCCCCAUCUCACGGCCCUGUCAGAUCCCUCGCUGUGGAGCCCAGCCGCCCCGGCGCAAGGCCGGCCCCCACUCCUACCCCCUAAGAAGGAGAAGAUGAGGAGAGAGGUGAGAGGUAGCUGCCGCCGAGAGGGAUGUGCCCAUCUUGUGAAACUGUUCAAUGGCUGCCCCCUCCAGAUCCACAGCACGGUCGCCUGGACACAUCCCUCUACUAAAGACCAGCACUUGCUCAUGGCUGCGAGGAAGGCCAUUUUCACACUGAACAGGAGCGAUCAGGAAGCCACACUGGAAAUGGUGACUCUUCCUGGCCGCACAACCUGGCUGUACUGCAUCAACAACCUCCUCAUGUCUCUCUCAGGAAAGACACCCCACGUAUAUUCUCAUAGCAUCCUGGGCCUGCUGGAGAGGAAAGAGGGCAAAACAGGCGGCCCCAUCGCUCACAUCAGCCCUCACUGGUUACUGGCAAGAAAGAACAUGGUCUCCAGUAAGAUCCAGGACACCAAAGGCUGCCGGGCUUGCUGUGUGGCUGAGGGUGCCAGCUCCGGGGGACCGUUCCUGUGUGGGGCGUUGGAGACUUCUGUGGUCCUGCUCCAGUGGUACGAGCCAGCCAGCAAAUUCCUGCUCGUCCGGCAGGUGCUGUUCCCACUGCCUACCCCACUGCCAGUGUUCGCGCUGCUGACAGCACCAGGCUCGGAGCUGCCGGCAGUGUGCAUCGGCGUGAGCCCCGGGCCGGCGGCGAGGUCGGUGCUCUUCCACACCGUGCGCUUCGGCGCGCUGUCCUGCUGGCUGGACGACACCAGCACCGAGCACAAGGGACCAGUGCAGGUGUUCCAAGUGAAGGAAGACUUGGUGCUGGUCUUGAUGGAUGGAUCUCUGAAGCUAGUCACCCCAGAGGGGGCCCCAGCUCCCGGCCUCCGCUCCCCUGAGAUCCCUAUGACAGAAGCAGUGGAGGCUGUGGCUAUGGUUGGAGAUCGACUCCAGGCCUUCUGGAAGCACGGAGUCCAGGUGUGGGCUGCAGGCUCGGAACAGGCCCGUAGUGGUGGAGACACGGCCCACGGACGACCCUACCGCCCCCAGCAACCUCUACAUCCAGGAAUGAGUCACCGGGAGGCCCUGAGGGACUGACCCCCGCGGACUCCUGGGGGACACUCUAGUGGUCAUAAGAUGCCCUCAUCGCCCAAUAAACCUGACUUCAGUGUUGUCACUGUGAUUUUCUUGGGGGAGAGAGUUUUGGAUGCCUAGUCUCCCCACCC